AUGCCAGACCUUCUCACCCCUCAAGCUCUCGCUACAGCUGGACCACUGGUCCUCGAGACGCUCUUCAAGCAUUUCAUAGGCCCAAGACCUGCGGCUGAUAAAGGGAAAGCAAGGGAGGAUUUGAUGUAUGAUGAAGCUUUCGUGCUCAUGAAAACGUUCUUGGAGAUAGCUACCAAAUAUCCCGUAGCAGCCCUUCAACGCUUCGGUCAAGUUCGUACCCCUUCACCCCCAUGGGUUGGCGUACAUCGAGUGACUAUUCCCCGAUCAUCCUUGAAUGAUGCGGCAGAAUAUAUGAUCCAAGGGUUUGGCGGUGAAGAGAUGGCAUAUAAAAUUGCAGGCGGUACGAAAUGGUGGCAAGUCCGGGCGGGGCAAGGGGUGGAAGGUGAAUGGAUAGUGAUGAAGAAGGAUUGGAAAGGGGUCGUUGCGGAAGAGAAGAGGGAGAAGAAACAGAGGGCAGAGCAUGGUGUGAGGGAAGAAGAGGAGGAAGGUGAAUUCCGGCCGGAAAUGGACAGACUGAGGUGCAUGCUGUAUAUACAUGGAGGAGCCUACUAUUGGGGCUCGAUCAAUACUCAUCGAUAUACAAUCUGGAGAUAUGCUCGUAAAAUGCAUGGAAGAUGCUUUGCCGUCAAUUACAGGAAAACACCACAGUAUCCCUUUCCAUGUGCGAUACAGGACUGCUUAGCGGCCUAUCUCUAUCUCACUAAUCCUCCUCCUGAGGCGAAACACCGGCCUGUAGACCCUAAAAGUAUCAUACUAGCUGGAGACAGUGCGGGUGGGGGACUCUGUCUAGCCUUGUUACAAAUUUUGAGAGAUACGGAAGGUCUAGAGCUACCUGCGGGAGCGGUCUUGAUCAGUCCCUGGUCCGACUUGACACAUAGUUUCCCUAGUAUAUUGCAGAAUACAGCUACCGAUAUUGUACCCCCAUAUGGCUUCAUCCAUAAACCUUCAUCCCUUUGGCCACCACCUCCGCCGAUGCUCACCGACGAAGUACAGCGCAAAUUGCGAUCGAGAGUGAGAGAGGUUGUAUCCAAACUACACCAUCAUCCUCCCAAGGUCGAAGACCCUCAACAAUUAUCCUCGGAUACAGAUAACAUUGGAGAGGGGAUACCGACCAUGCAGCAUUCCACCAGCAUCCCUGACAGACUCAAAACAUCAGAGCCAUCCGGUCAACUGGACAAAUCGAAAGAACAGAGUGAAUCAGACUUACAUCCCCUGGCCGAGAAAUCAGAAAACAAACAUCCCGAACCUCAGACUGAACCUACCUCGAACCCUUCACGUGCCAAUCCCGCUGAUUUAUUUCCUACCUUGGUGGAAAAGCGAGAAAAGGAGACUCGGCCAUGUACCCUAGCUCAGUGUGAUACACCACUCAAGUUGACCGUCAAAGGUGAAGAGAUCCUGAUUGAUACUCAAAUCCAGCUAUAUGCUACAAACGCUCAGUUGUGUCAUCCAUGGGUAUCACCGGUGCUUGGUUAUCUGGGAGGUCUACCGCCUCUUUUUAUCAUGUGUGGUGAUAAAGAAGUCCUCCGGGAUGAGAUCAUAUUCUUAGCCCACAAAGCUGCCAACCCUGAUGCAUAUCCGAUCCGAGACGAUGUCAGACCGAUGUUACCCUCGUUGGAUGGGAUCGAAGAGAAGUAUAGCGCUACCAAUGUUCACUUGCAGGUGUAUGAUGGUGUAUGUCAUGAUCUCCCUUUACUGUCGAUGACCCGUCCGUCGAGAGGCGCUUUCAGAGCGAUUGCAAGUUUUGCGAGAUAUGUCACACCUUCAGCUCCUGGAUCCCGGUAUAUAUCGAGAUCCUAUCCUGCUACUCCCAAAGACUCCGGUUCCAACACUCCUGGACGCGUAACAGCUAAAAGGGCACCCAAGGAUCAACAUCCCCCGCAGACUCUGCAAGGAUCGCAACAAUCUGCCGCCGGCGGUACCGCCACCCCCGUUACCACCGACCAAAAGAUCAUGGAACAUGUUCUGACCACGACUCCUGCUGUCAUGUCCCCUCAAGAGUCCCCGACAACGACAGUCCACAAAGGUCCCAAGCAGAUUCUCACCUUAGAUCUCGAUCUAGGGGAUGAAUUGAGCAAAAACGACUCUCCUGCAGAUACCUCACUGCGGCAUGAAUAUCCAAGAGAUACAUUAGAUGUGACGACUUCGCAUACGCCCAAUCGUAACGUGUCCUUCGCAUCAUCCAUCAACUCCUCUACUGUAUCAUUUGAGCGGAGAUCUGAAAGAAGAGAGUCCAUCUUACCUCCUUCACCUAACCCUAACACCGGCAGUGGCACCGGAUUCGAUAACGAUGGUGCCAAAAGGGAGAAUAGUCAGCCAAGUGGAGAUGACUCGGGACCCCGGUUCGAAGAAGGUAGGACGUUUUUGAAUGAUUGGAAUGCCAAGGAGGGCGAGGCUGGAUGGGCUGGCAUAUACAAGGGAGAUGACCCAUUCACCGACCACAUGAUACGCGAGCGAGUAUCUACCACUGGUAUCCUCAGACCAUUAGAACCCCCAGAUGAACUUCAAGCUAUGCAAAUGCCCCUUGACGAAGUUGGCUAUAUCAAAGAAGGACCCGCCAUGCGAUAUAUCAACGGUCAAGCCCUGUGGGAUAAGAAGUAUCAUCGAGCAGCCAAGAACGUCAAGAAACGAAGAGAGAAAAACCUCAAAAUUGCUCAUAAAGAAGGUGGGAAGUACAGUGCGGAAUUGAUCAAGAAGGCUCAUGAGGACAAAUUGAAAGGGAAAGACAAUGUAAAGAACUUGGCUCAUGAACAUGAACAGCAAGAAACGAAGGACGAAAGUGGCGUGACGGAGACUGCUGAAAGCUGGAAUUGGGCUUUGAACGGUGAAUCACCACCACCUAGUGCGAUCAUUUCAAGAAGGGAUUUCGCUGAAGCACGCCAGCUGGCAUUAAUGGCUGACCGACUCGAUUCGUCUCAUAAUACCUCUUUACACGGGUUGAGUAUCUGGGUGGGACUGGCAAGUUUCUUCUCAAAUUCAAUGGAGAGAAAUAAAGCUACUGAGGUAAUCAAGAUUGCAAGGGAAGCUAAGAAGAUACAGAAGGAUUCGACUAAACAAGGGAAUAGUGAAAGUAUGGAUAUAUGGACUGAUCUCGAUGAUGGCGGAGAUACGCCUGAUCACGAUGACGAUGAGCAGCAAGGAUCGGAGAGGGUUAUGAGCAGACAUGAUGAUAUUAUACGUAAGAUCAAGUCUAAAGAAGGAGAAGAUAGAGUCAAAGGGAAGAGAGCAUUGGAAGGGAAGAAAGAAGUUAAGAAAAAGGGGGUUAUAGCUAGUUGGUUCGAAUCUUGGAAGAAGAGGAAGGAUAAAGGGAAUCAGGGAAUAUCAUGA